AUGGGAUUGAAAGAAGGAGGGUUCUAUAUACCGACGUAUGCUAGUGGAGCCAAGUGUCGCUUGCAUCAAAUGAGUCUUGGCAAACACUGGAACGUUCAAACGGAAGUGUAUGAAGCUCAACGGUCGAGUUCUGACCAUGCUCUUGUACCUCAAGUACCUGAGAGCUGGAAAUUCUAUGCACAAUAUAGUCUCGAGACUGCAAUAAAGAUUGAUCCAUUCGUCAUGGGAACGUGGAAACACAUGGCACUGGAGAUUUGUAUUGUUACUUUCGAUCGAAAAGCAGGAAGGAAUGGACUGCAGAUGGAUAAAGAUGAGAGUGCAAAAGCCAUGGGGUCUCCAGUCAUUUCAUUCUCAAUUGUUGUGCAGCUGAAUUUGCCUACAUUGAUCAUUUUCCAUAGCCACAGGAAUCAGUGCCAAUCGUACGUCUUGAAUCAGGAGACGUAUUGGUGUUUGGUGGUCCAGCAAGGAUGA